GCAGUCCCAGCCCACGCAUGAACUAGUUUUGACCAAUUCCCCCCUCUGUUCCCAAUUUUUCUUGAAGUAAAUUUGAAGUUCUCAACCGCGACAGUGAAAAACUUUGGUGAAAGAUGGAGAAGAACAUAGCAAGCGACACGCGCACUGGGCUUGACUAUCUACUGAAGUUGAGGACAACUAUUUGCUUACUCACCUUGACUGCCGGACUGGCAGUUUGUGCACUAGGAUUUAAAGCAAACCAACUCCUCGGAAAUGAUCGAAAUCGUGUAUCUCGUGCGACUUCCGGUAUCCAGCUUGAGUCAAAAGCGCUCCUAAACCUUACGCGGACGAGUCUAGUAAUGAGCGCAAGCCUUAUUGUGAACACCCUAUUCCUGGCCGUUUUUUUGUCACUAAGAUGGCACCAUCCGAACCCUUCCAAACACGAAUGCUUUCUUCAGAAGAGCCGAGCGAUGAUCAAACUGAUUAUGGAGGGCCAGUUUUUCGCAGUUUGCGCCGUCUUUUCCUUUCUGGUCACGCUGCUUAGCAAUUCGAACACAAAGUUUGAACCGACCCCGACGAAUUUACAGGAUUUUCGACUUGCUCUUGGAAUCCCUGGUCGAUACAUUGACAAUCACUACAUCAUGGCCUUGGUGGCCACAGCUUGGAUAUUUACGUUUGGUUACCUGUUUGGGUUCACCCUCGAGGCAUGGACAAUUUAUCGGUUUAAGCGAUUUCAAAAAUUGAUUUUUAUAGAAAAUUAAAAACACUGUAUUACUGCUUGCACUUUUCGUAUGGAAUAGCGAAGUGUCGCAUUUCUUUGGGAGACAGGAAAAGAGUUACUUUCGUGACCUACUUGGCCGUACAUGUGCGACCAGGAGCGAAGAAAUUUUCACUGCUGGCCACUUGAUCAAUUGAAAUUCACCAGGACUGAAAGUUUUACUUUAUCAAACUAAUUUCGAACAAUAUUUUUCCCGAAUUUCAUGUACCAAUAUGGGGGAUGACAUAUUUUCAUAUUUCUCCAACGAGUCAUCUCCAAACAAGUCAUAAUAAAGCCGCAAUUGAUUCACUGAACCAAUCUUUGCCUCCAUUGUCAUAGGACUUAUUUUACAAGGAGGGGCUGGG